GCCGGAGUAGUGAUCUCAUCCGGUGAGGGUUCGGUCAAUUUCCGGCGAAUCUUGGCCACUAUAAAUCUAAUCAAGUGGAAGAGAAUAUAUAUAGGAUUAGCAUAUGUGCGCAAAAAGGAUAUUUUAGAAUGUGCUGUCGAGCAUCGGUACUUAUGUACAUCAAUCAUAUUCCCUUUUUCAUCAGUCAUGCCCCAUAAAUAUUGUGAUCUUGGGCUACCCUUAAAACACACAUUCUCAAGAACUAAAUAGCCAUAGCUAACUAGCUCUUGUAUUGCACCUCCCAUUUUCCUUUUUUUUAUUUUUUUCUUGAAGUUCUUUGAACAAGAAAAAGAAAACAAUGGUGAAGUUUUCCAAGCAAUUUGAAGGUCAACUUGUGCCUGAAUGGAAAGAUGCCUUUGUUGAUUAUUGGCAACUCAAGAAAGACAUCAAGAAUUUCCAUUUUCUUAAUAACAGUACCACCACCACCGCGGCCGCCGCCGCCACCAAGCAGCACCGACAAUACAAUAACUUUUUUUCAACUCUUAAGAAGUACUCUCCAUUUUCCCAUCAACCAAGGGACCAUGGAGCCAUUCAAGUUCAUACGAAACUUGCAUCUUCAGCAAGUAAAGGAGAUAUGUACGAGACAGAAUUACUUGAACAAUUUGAGGAUGCUGAUGCUGCUAAGGAGUUUUUUGCAUGUUUAGACUUGCAACUUAAUAAAGUGAAUCAAUUUUACAAAAGUAAGGAGAAAGAGUUCUUAGAAAGAGGAGAUUCUUUGAAAAAACAAAUGAACAUUCUCAUUGAGCUCAAAACUGCAUUCAAACAACAGCACGAAAAUGGGACUUCUGCUCAAGAUUCUAAAGAGGAGGCUUCUAUAUCUUGCACUAUCUCUUGUGACGAGGACUCUGUUAGAGACAGAACAGCAGAAGUACAAGUUCAGGAAACUAACACAGAUGAUUUGGAGAAAAAUGAAGUAUUAGAUUCUCCAAUAUCAGAAGAAAUGAGUAGAUCAAUGGGAAUUAUAAAAAGAGAGGAUAGCAAAUUAAGAACACUUUCAAGUCGAGUUUUCAGUUGCCAAGGGAAGAAUUUAAAGAUAAAUAUUCCUUUAACAAAUCCUUCUCGUACUUUCUCAGCAAUCAGCUAUUUAGUUUGGGAAGAUUUAGUUAACCAGUCAUCCAGGAAAUGCAACCCAGAAGGAAAAAGACUGCAUAUCAGUAAAACAAAGUUGAAUCAUGCAGAAAAAAUGAUUAAAGGAGCUUUUGUUGAGCUCUAUAAAGGUUUAGGUUAUCUCAAGACUUACAGGAACUUGAACUUACUAGCUUUCAUAAAGAUUUUGAAGAAGUUUGACAAAGUCACUGGAAAACAAGUUCUUCCUAUAUAUCUAAAAGUUGUUGAAAGCUCCUAUUUUAACAGCUCAGACAAGGUAAUGAACUUAGCAGAUGAAGUUGAAGAGCUAUUUAUCAAAAAUUUCGCUCAAGAGGAUCGAAGAAAAGCUGUGAAAUAUCUUAAACCCCAACAGCAUAAAGAAUCGCAUGGUGUAACAUUCUUCAUUGGAUUGUUCACUGGCUGCUUCAUUGCCCUCCUUGCUGCAUAUGUUAUAAUGGCUCAUAUUACCGGGAUGUAUAGACGACAGCCAGACACUGUCUACAUGGAAACUGUCUAUCCUGUGCUUAGUAUGUUCAGCCUGCUGUUCCUACACUUGUUUCUUUAUGGUUGCAACAUUUUCAUGUGGAGAAAGACUAGAAUAAAUUAUAGCUUCAUUUUUGAAUUUGCUCAUACUAAAGAGCUGAAGUACAGAGAUGUGUUCUUGAUAUGCACGGUAUCGAUGACUGCUGUAGUUGGAGUGAUGUUUAUUCAUUUAUUACUUCUUACAAAAGGGUAUUCAUAUUCCCAAGUUCAAGCCAUUCCCGGUCUUCUGCUGUUGAUGUUCCUCUUAUUGCUAGUUUGCCCUUUUAACAUAUGCUACCGGUCUAGUCGUUACCGUUUCCUUUCUGUGAUUAGGAACAUUAUUCUGUCACCUCUAUACAAGGUUGUGAUGCUAGACUUCUUCAUGGCUGAUCAACUUUGUAGUCAGGUUCAGAUGCUUAGGAAUCUCGAGUAUGUGGCAUGUUAUUAUAUAACCGGAAGCUUCAAAACACAAGACUAUGGCUAUUGCAUGAGGGCUAAGCACUACCGCGAUCUUGCAUAUGCAGUAUCCUUCCUGCCUUACUACUGGAGAGCUAUGCAAUGCGCGAGGCGAUGGUUUGAUGAAGGACAGACAAGCCACCUAGUAAAUUUAGGCAAAUAUGUAUCAGCAAUGUUAGCAGCAGGAGCAAAAGUAGCAUAUGAAAAGGAAAGAAGUGUUGGAUGGCUUUGUCUUGUUGUGAUUAUGUCAAGUGCUGCAACAAUUUACCAAUUGUACUGGGAUUUUGUAAAGGAUUGGGGUUUGCUUCAAAUGAAUUCCAAGAAUCCUUGGCUAAGGAAUGAAUUAAUGCUUCGUCGAAAGUUCAUUUACUACUUCUCCAUGGGAUUGAACCUUAUCCUCAGACUUGCUUGGUUACAGACAGUUCUGCAUUCGAGUUUUGAACGUGUUGACUAUAGAGUAACUGGGUUAUUUGUAGCUGCCCUUGAAGUCAUUAGAAGAGGCCAAUGGAAUUUUUACAGGUUAGAGAAUGAGCAUCUAAAUAAUGCUGGCAAGUUUAGAGCAGUUAAAACAGUGCCACUCCCUUUUCAUGAAGUUGAUGAAGAAGACUGAUGCCAAUUUGCAGCAGUUGAUUACAAAAUUCGAUUCGGGAUCGAAGAAACCGAAAUUUUUCCAAUAGGAACCUAAGUUUUUUUUGCACAAGUUGUAGUUCUUGUUGUUGUAACAACACAACACAUCAACUUGAUUAUUAUUGUUCCAUGUACAUUGGAAAAUAAAUGGUUCAUAGUUUUAUACUGAUUCUUCUCAAGGAAAAGAAGAUAUCAUUAAGUACAUGUCUUCUUUCCAAUAUUUUUUCUUUAUACAAAUUCUGUUUCAAAUUAAUUGGACUCUGUUAUUGAAAGUA